AUGUCUACUGGAAAUGAAAAUUCCCAAGGAGUUGACCAAGAUGCGUCAUCUCCAACCGUGGCGCACGAGAUCCAACAUCAUAACCCAUUCAGACACCCUCACGAUUCAUGUGAAGCCGAACCGGGUUUAAUCGAAUCUACAGAUCUAGCUCCUUUGAACCAUGAAGUUCUUGCUGCCGACCAUCCAGCUAUGAUGCAAGGUCAAGCUCCUUCUAGGACAAGCAAGAAUAUGUAA